UUCCGACCAUCCUGGGACACUCACUGAUGCACCAGUCAACAGAUAACUGCUAUACAACAAACAUCGCAUCGUAAAACAUUUUAAAUUCAAAUUCAAAUCUCGAACACUUUGAUAGGCGUUCGAAUAAACAUACCACAGAUAAAAAAUACGAGUAGUUAUUAUCUAAAAAGGAGUUAAUUAGAAUAGUAGUGUUGCGAUUGUGGUGAGGUUCAAUAUUUGGACUUAAUUAGUUGGAAAUGUUAAACGGGAAGUUUUUGUUGUGCGUAGUUUUAGUUGCUGCAUGGAACGAAGUACAACCAGCCAGUCUCCCGUUCCUGCCGUCCCGCAUCGGUGACGCGAACGAGAUCGGCGAGGCUCCCGACGUGAGGGUACCGGCUGAGCUCAUGAGGGCGCGAGUGAGGGAGGGCGUGCCCCCUCCCCUGUGCGCCGGCAGAUGUUUCUCCCCCCCAGCUGGACCUGUUUGUGCCUUCGAUGCCACGGGCACCGCCAGGACCUUUGCAACGUUGUGUGAUCUGGAAGCAGCGUCGUGUCGCGAGAGUACAUAUUACGCGAUCGCGAGUCGUGGAGAAUGCUGAUGCAGUGACAGAACACGCAAAGUGCAUUGGUUCUCACACAAGUGUAAGCAUUACGUAUCGCACGACCUGAGGACGUUUGCCAUAUAAUGCCAACCAUACGUAUUAACUAUAGUAAGCACAGUGUAGCUAUAUCCAUACAGUGGCCCUUCGACAACCAUUCCUAAUGUACAUUGUUCGUAGCUACAGCAAAUUAACCAAAAAGGAUGACUUCAAAAUAUCAUCGUGGCCUACAAAACAAUACCUUAUUUAUUACACUGACCAAAGAGCAAAAACAAUAAAAUAUAGAUAACCUUGGCAUAAAAAAGAUGCGACCCAUAGACCUUAAUAAAAAAUGGAACCUGUUUUGAAAAUGGAACAGUAAAUUUAAAUACAGAAACGGGCGUCGCAAAUGUCAACUGUCUGUCAUCCCAAAUUACAAUAUGGCUGCUCUGUCCAAUUGCUUUGACCACCCGUGUUGAGAAACUGUAUUUAAAAAUAGUUACACUGUGGUACCAGUAAGGAUAUAAUUAUUAUCUAGGAUGUACCUGUCCAUAACAGUCUAAAUUUUAUAAUAUAUGAGAAAAUGGUUUAAAAACUCGAACCCCUAAUUAAACUAGAAUGUACUUACACUAUAUCAAUAUUUAUAGUUUCCAUCUAUUUGGUGUAUCGUAAAGUUCAUAAAAAACCGCCUAAAGUGUUCGUUUUGAUUUUAUCAAUUAUUCAAUUUAGAUUUGAUUGUAAUAAUCGUCUGUGUCCUUUAAUAUUUAAGAUUUUCAGUAGUUUGAUGCUUACUAUCUAAAAGUAAGUUUUUGUAUAAUAAGCUAACAUAGUAAUGUAAUUUGAAAGUAGAAGUAGAAGCUUUGAUAUUUUGGUGACCAAAGAUAUUUUUUGUGGUUAGCAAUCCUUCACAUUAUUAAGAGCUUCCGAAAACAGUCAACUAAUGCUUUGAAUUGAGUUCUUGCAACUCGCAAUAAAAAAGCAGAAUAAAAUGUGUAAGAACACAGAAUCUGAAAAAAAUGAGAAUAAAAAUAAGUUUGAUACUCUUUUUAUGAGUGAAGGAACACAAAUAGUAAUUACAACACCUUUUAAAAAAAAUCUGCAAUAAAUCAAAUUGCUUUGGAGAUGUUUAAGAACAUUUGCUAUAAGACUUUGGUCAAAAAGUUCCUAAAAUUCCAAAUUUCUCAUAUUUCUUUAAGAAAUUUUAGCUCUUAAGUAGUUGUAAAAUUAACGCCAAAGUCAUGUUCAAAUAAAUAUUUUAGUAAUGUUUGUAAUUGUAAGAUUAUUUUAAGUAAGUAUAUAUUUCUAUUUAUUGUACAAAGUACGGAUUGUCAUGACUUAUAUAGACUGCUGUUCGGUCGUCGUUGUCAUCAUCAUAGACGAAAUUUAGUUUCAAUAAAGAUUUUACAACAAGAAUAAA